AUGCGCCUCUGCUCCUCCUCAGCGGCCAUAUCCGGCCUGUCCUCGGCGCUGUUCCUCGCCGCGACCGCCGCGGACCACCGAGCACGAACCGCACUCGACCGCGCCUCCCCGUCCGCCCCCUCCCACGACGUGACUCCCGCCCCGGAUCCCGCGCUCGCACUCCAUCGGCCCCCGAGAGCUCGGCAGCAGAGCGACCCGACAUCUUCCGACGGCCGGACGGGCUUCAUCGCGUGGUACUCCCAGUCGGACCGCUGGGUCUCGGCGACGUGCCCUUCGCACGACUACUUCGCGGCAGACGACAAGUUCGGCGUCUGCUGCCCACGGAACAGCCCCUACUGCGACGUGGCGACCUCGUGCGGGGGACCCUCCACGAACUACGCCGUCGGGCCGAGUGGCCAGGCGGACUGCGGCCCGAGGAACACAUGCGAUACCAUCACGAUGCUGCCGACGCACGGCAGCACCGACGCGCGCAGGAUCAUCUUCUGCAUCGCCGUGUCGGAGGCGUAUGUCCUGCCCAAGACGUGGUAUCGCGUCACCAGUCAACUUUCUACGGCGGAUUCGACGGCGACGGUAACCGUGAGCGCGAUCGUGACGACGGCGGUGCAGACCGGGGGCCAUACCGGCGGUCAGCCCGCUGGGCCCCUCAAUUCCCCGCCUUCAAGGGCGGCGCUGAUGAUCGUGGUAAUCGUUUUAUUCUUCAGAAUGAUGGUGUCCUAA